AUGGACUCGAAUUUGAGGCUGCCCUCCAUCUCGCACAUCUUGACGCAAAUCCCGAGCGAGCAGGCGGCCGGCGACGGCGACGGAUGUGCGCCGGCGCCGCGCCGGCGCAGCGGGGAGGAGCAGCGCCGGCCCCUGCCGCCGCCGGGGCUGCAGAGGGCGCCGGAGGAGCGCGCACCCAAGGUCCUGCCGGCGGGCCCGCAGUCCUUCAGCCAGUGCGGCGCGUACCGGUCGGCGCAGGUGUUCCCGAUGGUGGCGCGCUCGUCCGGGUUUGCUGCGCCCAGCGUCGCGUACACGGCCGCGGAGCCGCUGCGCACGGGCGAGUACUGCGCGGGCACUUACGCGGUGCACGGCGAGUACACCGUGCCGGUCUCGCCGCUGACCCCCCCGUCCACCGCGAGCAGCUCGGCUGCCCUCCCGCCGCUGGCCGUGCUCCCGCAGCCGGCCAGCCUGCAUUCCGCGGUGCUGCCGCCGCACACGCCGCUGCCGCACGCGCCCCGCGCCCUCCCGCCGGCCGCAGCACACGCGCGCGCGCCGCCGCCGGGGCUGCCGCCGCCGCUCGCGGCCGCGCAGGCCGCGGGCACCGGGAGCGACCGCGAGCCCGACGACGACGCCGAGCUGCGCUGCACGUGCGGCCAAAAAUACAAACAUCGCAAGUCACAGCGACAGUGUCAUAUACCGCGGCCGCGCAAUGCAUUCAUCCUUUUCCGCCAGCACUGGCACCAGCAGCUGUUCCCCCAGGAGCGCAUAAAACAGUCCGAGCGCGGCAAUGGCUCGUUCAAGACCAACUCGCAGGUCUCAGUAGACAUCGGCCAGCGUUGGCGCUCGCUGUCCCCGGAGGAGCGCCAGAAGUGGCUUGACUUCGCCAAGCGCGAGAAGGAAGAACACAUGAGGAAGUAUCCCAACUACAAGUACGUGCCCACCCGCAAGGAUAAGAAGGUGCUAAUUCAGGGCGAGGGUAGGAAUCUAGCUAGCGAUCCCAAGUCCAUCUGCCGAGCCUGCGCGCGCAAGUAG